CGGGGCCGGCCAGGGAGGCACUGUCCCCACGGGUCUCAGGGCACAAGAAGUGUUUCACACGCUUGUUGCAUCGGUCAGCACUGAAGUACCGCCUUGCCAAUGUUAAUCGCCGCUUCCUUGAGCUCAGGGUAAAAUUCCUGAGCACACGCAUGCCUGUAAUGUGCAAAGUGCUUUCCUCGCUCUUCUCAUCUGCCCUAUCAUUUCCUUAGAGUGUAAUUACUGCAGUGCUUUUAGCUGGAGCGCUUAGGUAUCAUCCAGAUACAUGCGAAACACAAUGUUGUGCACAUGUAUCAUUUUUUUAAAAGUUCAAUUCAGGUCUGUAAGGAAGGGCUUGCUGUUCGGGGUAAGAGUGAAGCUCCAAACUAAACACACUUAGGACGGUAAUAACUAGAAAGAAUGCUUGUCUGGCUCUGAGUGCCUUCGCACUGGUGGUUUGCUCUGCUUGGCAAGUUUUGUUGUCUAAGUGCAAACCAGACUGAAUUUUAAAAAUGUAAAGCACAUUAAUAAUCAAAAUUAAAGGUUAAAAAAAAUCUAGCGAGUUUUCUGUAAAUCACCCACAUGGGGCAUCUUGCAGGAUUAAAUAACACCAAACAUGAUUUUUGUUCCUGCUGACAGCAAGUAUUCCCUCUUGUGGAGAGAGAGAGAGAAUCUUAGCCUAUUGUAUGUACAAACUUAGUUAUCCAAACAUUAGUUGAGGGAGGAGAAUAUGUACCUAAAGAGAGCUGAAACCUCACUUCUUUUUCUCUUAUUAACUGUAAGAGAAUAAUCAGCUGUAUCUUACACUGUAUUUCUUUUUUUGUCUUUACACCCCUGUCUCCAAUGAGUUCUGAUCUCAUGUGAAUGCGAGGGAAUGCAUUUGGUCCUGGUUAUUCCUUUAAAUAUGAGGGAGUUCUUCCCUGUCCAGCAAGCAGAAAUAUUUGCUUCCCCAAUGACUAAACAUACUGGCAUAUUUCUGUUCUCUUUCCCAAAAAGCCGUGCUCUUACUGUAUAAAAGAAACUAACUGCCUAAACCUGACUUAAAUUCUGGUAACUUGCUGUUAAGUUUAGAGGGAAAAGCACCCAAGACUUCUUACAAACUUUUUUAUCCACUUCUAGUUUCACCUUCUCUUUCUGCUCAGUUCUGGUUCUGUUCUGGGCAUUACAUGGCCAGGAAUUUUGUUGGCUUCUCUUGCUGUUUUAUAUGUUUAUGUACAGAUUUACAGUGCUUCAUACUUUUGCCCAAAGCUCUAUUUGCUUUGAUUAAGUUUGUUUCCACUCGCUGAUCUUACUAGCCCUAUAUUCAUCCAUCCAUCCAGCCAUGGGUAACUGUCCUGAUGUGUUUUCCUCUGUGUUUUUUUUCCCUCAAAGUUACCAAUUUUUGCUUCCAAGACUGCCCUUGAAUCCUUGAGAAAAGGUUUAAAGCCCUUAGGUAGUUGUUUGUGGGCAGCCUCCAGCACCUGGUACCAGGAGGUGCCCAGAGGGUGAGGGGCAGUGGAAGCCCUGGCCUAGGGGGGCUCGGGUCAGUGCCACAUUGCACCCCUGGUUAUCCUGCCUGCUGGGUGGCCAGUGGCCAGCCAUGGACAGAACUGCACCUCCCACCCUUUGAGUUUCUUGAUUUUCUAGGCAGGCAUGAGGCGUGCAGACUUCUUAAAAAUGCUGUUGUGGCUGGUCUCAAUAAAUAGAUCAAUAGUUAUUAGGUGAAAAUGUUGACCCCUGCUGUAUUGAUAGUCCAGAGGGCUUGCCAAUACCUAGAAUGAAUUCACUGUUUGAGCCUGGGAUGAUUCAGGUAUGUAUCUGGUAUUUCCCAGGAGAGGGCAUAACCAUAACAAAUGUUCAGUUAUUUAACGCUGGCCUUGGAUUCAGCUGGAUGGACUCAUAACUUUUAGGUAAAAGAUACACAGAGACACUGAAAUCCUAGGUUAAAAGUAUCUAACUUGUCUUUUAUUGGGUUGUGUCACUCCCACUUGUGUGGGUGAGCGACUGACAUCAGAAAGGAGAAUCAGUUUUCCUCUUUGAGCAGACAAGUGGCAACCAAAACAUUUUCUUUUUCCCACUCUGUAUAGGUGUUUUUACUACUUGUUAAUAUAUCUUCCUCUUCCUUAGCUAUUUAUAUUUCUAUAUCCAAGUACCCACACCAUGCCUUUCCAGAACAAUUUGGUCCUGGUUCUCCUUUGCUCUUUAAGCCUUGGCAAAUCACUCACAGCUUUGUGAAUCACAUUUCCCAUCGUGAAAGAGAAGUCCUUGUCUAUGUGUAAGGUAUCUUUUAUACAGUAACUUGGGAUUAAGAUGUGUUACUAAAGUAUGACAUCCGGAUAUUGGAGAAAAUAUCUGUUAUGACACAGCUACUGUUGCAUCUGUGCAUCUACUGUAAAGUUUUACAUGCAAGUCAUUUGCUUUUCAGAGUGUAAAAAAAUGGAUUUGGCCAACCAUGGACUUAUUCUGCUGCAGCAGCUAAAUGCUCAGAGAGAGUUCGGUUUCCUGUGUGACUGCACAGUUGCCAUUGGGGAUGUCUACUUCAAGGCACACAAAUCUGUCCUCGCUUCUUUCUCCAACUACUUCAAGAUGUUGUUUGUUCAUCAAACCAGUGAAUGUGUCCGUUUGAAAGCGACCGACAUACAGCCAGACAUCUUCAGUUAUCUCUUGCAUUUGAUGUACACUGGGAAGAUGGCACCACAACUCAUUGACCCAGUUCGACUAGAACAGGGAAUAAAGUUUCUGCAUGCAUAUCCACUAAUUCAAGAGGCCAGCCUUGCAAGUCAGGGAACUUUUUCUCACCCGGAUCAAGUCUUUCCAUUAGCAUCUUCAUUAUAUGGCAUUCAGAUUGCAGAUCACCAGAUAAGGCAUCCCACUAAGGUUACGUCAGCGACUGACAAACUUGGGCGAGAACCACGGCCUCAGACAUCCCGGAUGAGCCAAGAGCAGGCUUCUGAUGGCUCACAGCUCUCGCAGUUGGGUGCAAAUCUGCCACAAGUGAGCCGGACAAAUAUGUCUGCUUCUGACCCAUUGCCAUCUUCUCUGUCUCCGGAAUUGGUGUCUGCUGCUGGUAAUAAUUCACCUUCGGGAGAAGAGGCCAAUAUGGAAGCAUCUUCUUCAGAUGAGCAGCCUGCCUCUCUCACAAUAGCACAUGUCAAGCCAAGCAUUAUGAAAAGGAACGGAAGCUUCCCAAAAUACUAUGCCUGUCACCUCUGUGGCCGGCGGUUCAACCUGCGCAGCAGCUUGCGGGAGCACCUGCAGAUCCACACGGGAGUUCCCUUCACAUCUAGCCAGCAGGGAGAGAGUAAUAUUUCUUUGUCUCUUUGUAACAACACAGCUGAUAAAGAUGCCAUGGAAGUGCCUGAAGCGGGGAUGAUUAGUGACAGCGAGCUGCAGCAGAUCUCAGACUCCCCAAUAAUUGAUGGGCAGCAGCAGUCAGAGACGCCUCCCCCCUCCGAUAUCGCAGAUAUCGACAACCUGGAGCAGGCAGAUCAAGAGAGGGAGGUAAAGAGACGGAAAUACGAAUGUUCCAUCUGUGGUCGCAAAUUUAUUCAGAAAAGCCACUGGAGGGAGCACAUGUACAUACACACGGGCAAGCCCUUCAAGUGCAGCACUUGUGACAAAAGCUUUUGUAGGGCUAACCAGGCUGCCAGACACGUGUGCCUAAACCAGAGCAUGGACACGUACACCAUGGUGGAUAAACAGACUCUGGAGCUCUGUACCUUCGAGGAAGGCAGUCAAAUGGACAACAUGCUUGUACAGACCAACAAGCCCUACAAAUGUAACUUGUGUGACAAAACUUUUUCAACUCCCAAUGAAGUAGUCAAACAUUCGUGCCAAAAUCAAAACUCUGUCUUUACGCUAGAAGAAGAUCGCUCCAUUCUGUUAGGUGGUGGGGACACAGAAGCCACAGAGACUGAUAACGCAGUGUUAGCCUCCAUCAAAAAGGAGCAGGAAGCAGUGUUGUUAGACUGAAUGUGAAACCUAUAUCAAUUUUUUAAAGUUUCUUUACUCAUUUUUUAUUAAAUCCAUUUUUUCCUCCCGCUACCUCUUACCUCACCCCUACCAUCUUUUCCAGCAACCUCCUUCCCACCCUUUGUCUUCAGCAACCAGAACUGUACUGGCACAUUAAGGAAAUUGGACUUUGCCUCUCCCACCAAAACAAACAAAAAGCUCUUGCAUCAAACCACAACAAAAUUGAUUUUAAUACAAAGGAACAUGUGGAAAAACAAUCCAGCUAACUAUGUUGAUAGUAUUAGUUAUUCCAAAUUUAAUAGAUUUUAAACAAAAUUUGGAUUGCUUAAAAGUGUAUUUAGAUACAAUGAUGAGUGUAAUGAGAAACAGAGUAUCAGUUUGGUAAGCCAAGGAUAUUUGUAUUUUAGUUUCCCUGGUAGAAGGCAUUUUGAGAUCUUGCAGAUUAAACACUGUGCUCUUUACAAGUCUGCAUGCAAGUUGAUUAAGGUUAUAACCUAAGCCCUCAGAACUUUUCCUCAAAGAAUGCAGGAAUCUCUGUUCAUUGAGUUAAAAAGAGCUGAGGGUGUUGGUUUUCUUUUAGCCGUAUGUUUUCUUUCAAGUAUGCCUUUGGGUAUCUGUUUCAGAGUCAAGCCAAGUUGUUACUUAGUCAAAUUCUGACUCAAGUAGCUGUAAUAGUAAUGUGAUGGCAAUCUUUAUAUAUAUAUAUAUAUAAAUACUGUAUAUGUAUAAAGAUUUAUAUAUAUAUAAAGUGUCUGUGUGUAUAUUUGGUACAGGUAAAUAAAUGCACACAUCCUUUUUAAGUAACUGGCCGUCUGCUCUCAGAUUCAGCCUGGAAUGUCUUUUAGUUGUUGGACAAAGCUAGUCAUUGCACAGGUUGCUUUUAGCCAAAUUGAAACAUCCUGAGCUGUGUGCAUUUUUAUUGACCUGUUGAAGAGAAGCCAGUAGGUAAGUGUUGUCACCCAAGCUACCAAGGAAACUAGAGAAGUGGCAUACAGGUGAACACUGCACCAUCAUUAGUGCAGCACAUGCGUGUGUUGUUAGCUAUACAGAGCUUUGAGUCUUUCUGGAUGAAAGGAGAGAGGAAAAGCUUUAUUUCCUUACUCAGGCAAGGAAUGUCCAUGAUUUCAUUUGGUCUAAUAGCAUGAGUUAAGAAGAAGGAAAAGCGGUAUUACAGCAACAGGUGAUCAUGGUUGUUUUAAAAUGAAUCUGUAGUGCUGGCUAGAAAAUUCUGCUCUAUGAGAGUCCUGUUAUUUUGAAAGCCAAGACAAAGCCUGCAAAAACUGAAAGGGUGAAUUCUGUAGUUUUAGUUACUGCUGAUGGUAGUACUGCAUCUUUGUGUUAAAAAUCAAGUUGUUGAUUUUUAUUAUUUUAUAUAGAUGCCCAGAUUUUUUGCUGGUAGCCUAAAAACCUAAACUGACAGCAGCAGUGAAGCCCACUGAGCAAUUACUGGGCCAACAGAAGGUCUAAGUGGACAGAAAAAGUGCCCCAUCAUAAAUGGAGACAGUGUGUGUUUGGGGGGAGGGGUGGGAGAGGGCAAGUCACAAACCACAGCUCUUCUCUGUGUAUACGUUUAAACUGAAUAUCAUCUUUUUGUGUAUAGUUAAGUUCUCAGAUUUGUAAGUUUUUAUACAUCAUUUCAUUGAAUAAAAACUGAAUUAAAUGGGAUAUGAUUUAUUGAGUUGAAGGUGAAAGGUUGUUGGUGUUCGGUCUUCCUGGAUGAGCUCUUGCUGAAUGAGUUUAAAAGCCAAGCAAUGUAUUCUGUUUAUCAGACUAAAACCUCCAUUACACAGGUGAACAAUGAGCUUACUAAAACUUGAGGUGGAUUUAGCACAAAAAGUCUCUACAUACUAGAUUUUUUCCCAGCUUAUUAUAAUGUGACCAUUAUUGUAAAGUUUAUUGUAAGUGCUAUUGAUUUUAUUAUCUCUCUUUUAUUAGAGUUAUAGGUUUAAAAUCAAUUGACUUCAAAGUCUAGAAGUCUUUUGAGGUUAUUUUAGUGCUGCCCAUUUUAAAACUUUAGGAUCUUCAUCUACCAGUAAAAUUUUCUUAAAUGUGGGGUUUAUUUAAUCUUUCUUAGUCCAAAAUGCUCUGAGAAUAGAAAAACAAAAGAAUAAACCUUUCCUAGUUCAGGGUAACAUCAGCUUUGGAGAUAUCUGUGGUUUAGGGGAUAGUCACAAGUUCAUUUCCAAAAUGACUGAAGCUGCUAAAGGUGCUACCACCUCAGCUGUUAGUUACUGCUUAGAUGCUUUUUUUUUUUUUUUUAAUCCAGUUCUGCUAUGGGGCAAAGUACAGCAGUUCAGCUCAACUCCCCAGAUGGCUGGUUGUGUAAGGGUGCAUGUGGCCACAGCAUUUAUUGUGAGACACUAUUCCUGCUCUCACUUCUCCUUCUCCACUGUUUGGACAUCAUGAUGUUUUCUAGGUUACAUGUUGAAUGGACUCAAGCGAAAAACAACCAGUCUUAAAAGAAGCUAUUUUUCUGUCAAACUUGUUCCUUAUUUUAGCUCUGCAGAAGGUUUUGAACAGCUCACAGAUUGUGCAGAGACAGAGAUGAGCUGGGAAGAGCCUUACUGAAGGCAGCGUUGCUGCUGGCAGCACCCAGGAUGUAGAAGAUGGGAAGGGGUGACUCCCACUCGGGCAGGCAGCUCCUUUGGAGGGCAGAGUGGCCUUGCAGGCUGGUGUGCUGCCCAGCAAGAUGAGCAGGGUGGGGCAGGGAAACAAGCAGCCAUGGAAGGAGUUGGUUGUGAUGGUCCUGUUGCUACAAGGAAUGUGAAAUUGCAGGCUCAGCAGAGAUACUUUCACCUGUUAAUAUUUAUUCUUAUGAAAUAACACUGUCAGGUAAAAAGAAAAAAAAGCCACAAUAAAGAGACUGUUUUAAUA